CUCCUGCGUUUCUUGUCUUGCCCGGAUUCGGUUCUGAUCUGCUGUGCUCCUUGUUCGUUCCUCUGGUCGAGGAAAAUCUCUUCUUCCGCUCUCUUUAUUGCUAUAUUUGUGGGUUUAGGAUUUGUUCCUUGCUUGAGCUUUCGAUUGUCUCCCGAUUACUUUUUUUUUCUCUGUCUCCUUUUUGCUUGAAUCAUUUGUGUUGUGAUGGUGAUUAGUGUCAGAUGAAGGGAAAUUAAAGGGGACACUUUAUAUUUGGCGUUGGCGAUUUUAGUGUUUGUGGAGACAAGCGCAAGGGGAGCAUGACAUAUAGCUGUUGCUCUUCUUCCUUGGUGGAGUGUCCAUGAGGUGGAAGCAGUAUCCCUAGUGUUAGGAUCUGGUUGCUGAGUGGAGAGAAUGAAAGGAGUUUCCGAAGGUCUGAUCAUUGGAAUCACGGUUGGGGUGGUGAUAGGUGUGCUGCUGGCUCUUGGGAUACUGCUGUGCUUGAGGUAUCGGCGUUCCCAGACGCAGAUAAGGAGUAGCAGCUCGAGGAGGGCAUCGACAGUCCCCUUCCGUACCAAUGGUGUUAAUACUUGUGCCAUGCUCUCGAACUCGACUACAGGACAGGAGUCUCCGAGGGAGCUUGAAGACCGUGCAAGUUCUCUGUGGAUAGAAGGGCCUGGUAGAAAGAGCAUGAUUUCAGCUUCUGGGAUACCCAAAUAUGCAUACAAGGAACUACAGAAAGCUACCGGCAAUUUCACAACAUUAUUAGGUCAAGGAGCCUUCGGUCCUGUUUACAGAGCAGAAAUGUCUUCUGGUGAGAUAUUGGCUGUUAAAGUGCUUUCGAACAAUUCAAAGCAAGGUGAAAAGGAGUUUCAAAAUGAGGUCUUACUUCUUGGGCGAUUGCACCACAGGAAUCUGGUGAAUUUGGUUGGCUAUUGUGCUGACAAAGGGCAACAUAUGUUAUUGUAUGCAUACAUGCCUAAUGGGAGCCUUGCAUCACACUUAUAUGGUGAAAACAGUGCACCACUGAAGUGGGAUUUAAGAGUGAACAUAGCUCUGGAUGUUGCUAGGGGUUUGGAGUACUUGCAUGAUGGGGCUGUUCCUCCAGUAGUCCACCGUGACAUCAAAUCUCCUAACAUUUUGCUGGACCAAGCAAUGCAUGCUAGGGUUGCUGACUUUGGAUUAUCUAGAGAGGAAAUGGUUACUCGCAACGGAGCCAAUAUACGAGGAACUUAUGGAUAUCUUGAUCCAGAGUAUGUAUCCACACGAUCAUUCACAAAGAAGAGUGACGUGUACAGCUAUGGUGUUUUGCUAUUCGAACUGAUUGCUGGCAGAAAUCCACAACAGGGUCUAAUGGAAUAUGUUGAGCUUGCUGCAAUCAAUGCUGAUGCGAAAACUGGGUGGGAAGAAAUUGCAGAUUCUCGGUUAGAAGGCGCAUUUGACAUGGAGGAGCUCAAUGACAUGUCUGCUGUUGCCUACAGAUGUGUAAGCCGCGUGUCCCGGAAGCGCCCGGCGAUGCGAGAUGUGGUCCAGGCUCUGACCCGUGUGUUGAAGCGCAGCCGCAGCAGGAAGCACCACAGCAACAGGCAUCCACAGGCAAGGCCAGACGAUGAAUCUGUCGACCUGGAGGGUUCCGAGGUUCAGUCGUCCUUCUCUGGUCUUCAGAGAGAGGAGUCAGUUGGCAGCAUUUCAGAUCUGCCAGAAGUCUGACCGAAGUUAACUGAAUUUUCCAGUUCUUGGCUCAGUUUCUUGGUCUGAGCAAUUUUUUUGUUUUGUUGAUAUAAAAGUUGCACAAUGAUCAAGGAUGGAUUAUUGGAUAGAGAUGCAGUUUUGAGUAGUAAGGGUGGGUAACUUGGUGUGAAGUCAAUUGUAACUGUGUUGUAUAGAAUGCAUUGUGACUACGUGAUAUAUAGAAGCUGAUUGUUACCAUCCCCUUUGCCAUUGCCUUACUCAGUCAGGAGAUCAGGAGGCGCACAACUGUACUUUUCUUGGCAAUUUGGAUUUGCUACAAUUUUUAAUUCGACAGGGUCCUAACUAGAUCAUUGUCCAUCAACUUAAUGCAGAUUUCUUUAUGUUA